ACACUGUUCCCAGCGACGUAACCAUCCACUGCAAUAACCAUUCAGCAAGGCCGUGGCGCGCAACGCCCUAAUCCUCCGACUCUUCGUACCGGCUUCACCUUUAAACCCUGACAAUCAUCGCGCCCGUCAUGGCCAACACCACCGCCGCAGCGACGCCGCCCAAGGGCAUCACUCGGCGGUUUCACGGCUGCUCGAAGAUCGGAGAAUACGAGAUGAUUCAAAAACUCGGCGAGGGAACAUUUGGUGAAGUGCACAAGGCGCGAGAUCGACGAAGCGGCAAGAUGUAUGCUUUGAAGAAGAUCUUGAUGCACAACGAAAAGGAUGGAUUCCCUAUCACCGCGCUUCGGGAGAUCAAGUUGCUCAAGAUUAUAUCACACGAUAAUGUAUUGAAGCUUGAAGAGAUGGCUGUCGAACGACCGAAAGCAGAAGGCAGGAAACGAGCCAUCCUCUACAUGGUCACUCCCUACAUGUCGCACGACCUCUCCGGCCUAUUGGAUAAUCCAGACGUCCAAUUCACUGUUGCGCAAAUCAAGUGCUACAUGUUACAACUGUUCAAAGGUCUGCGCUACCUACACGACAACCACAUCCUCCAUCGCGACAUGAAGGCAGCCAACCUUCUUAUCUCCAACCGUGGUCGAUUGCAGAUCGCAGAUUUCGGUCUUGCAAGGCACUACGACGAACCUGUCCCACAGCGUGGAAGGGGGAAUGGUGAGGCUCGACGCGACUACACUUCUCUUGUCGUGACUCGAUGGUAUAGGCCACCGGAGCUUCUUCUUUCCCUCCGACGGUACACUCCCGCCAUCGAUCUGUGGGGCGCUGGCUGCGUCUUCGGCGAGAUGUUCAAGCGCAAACCCAUCCUCACAGGCCACAGUGAUAUCAACCAAGCGCAGAUAAUAUUCGAACUGGUUGGGUCUCCGAACAACGAAAGCAUGCCUGGUUGGGACUCACUUCCCGGCGCUCAGUCUGUUAAAGAUUGGCCUCGACAGACUGGCAGUAUUACGAACAAAUUCAACAUGCUUGGCCGAACCGGCUUGGACCUUUUCCAGAAACUGCUAAUGCUUGACUGGAAGAAGCGUAUCAACGCCAUAGACGCCAUCGAACACCCUUACUUCAAAGAAGAUCCCAAACCUAUGCGCGAGGAGGAUAUUCCAAGGUUCAACGAUUCGCACGAGCUAGACAGGCGCAACGCACGGAAGGAUCAUUUGCCUGCAGCUCCUGCUGGAGGCACCGUAGGUGGUGGCCCGAAUGGCGAAUGGACAGGACCCGGUGGACCCCCAAAUACUGGAGGGCCUUGGAUGAAUGGUGAUCGUCAACGGUAUGGUGCGAGAGACCAGGGACCGCCAGGCGUCCCCGCCGGCGGUCGAGGUGGGUUCGACCGUCGACCACCCGGCUAUGAAAACGGUGGACCUCCGCAAGGCCGUCAUCAGCCAGAUUGGGGGAAUGGUGGGCGUGAGAGAGGUCCCGGAUACGGCGGUGGUCGACAUGGUAAUGGACCACCCCCCGGUGACCGCCGCCAUAUUCUUCCCCACCAGGCUCGUCAUGGCCCAGGCGGUGGUGAUCGAGAUACCUAUAUACCAAGUUAUGAAGGUGGCGCUCGACCCCGGGAGGAUAGACGAUCACGAGGCCCUGACGAGCGCCCGGGAGAUGGUCGCCGCGGAUCUCGCGACUCUGGAAAUUCACGGGAUGGCUUCAUCAACGACCGGCCUGAUCACAAUAGGGGAUACGGAGGACGAGACCGAGCUGGCGACUCCAGGAAUUUCGGAAGGGAAAGACGAGAUGGUAGAACGCGCUCGAGAAGUCCGGACCGCCGCGACAGGAACCGGGACCGUGAUCGAGACAUAUACCGUCGGUGAUUCCUGCGUUGGAGGCGGCUGUGGGUGGAAGUAUUAUAUUUUCAAGUUGCAUGAAUUCCGGUUUUGGCGCAAAUGGAAUGAUACCGGAUGGUCAAAGCUGGCCUACCAUACAUGCAUGGCGUUUGGGAAAUGGAUUUUAUAUUGCCUGGUAUCGGCUUUUGAAUUUGUAUAGAAGGCGUCUCGGGUGGACAACAGAAGCAUUUACAAGGCGCUUCAGUGGCUAUUAUGCCGGCCGGCUCCUUUGGAGUCAUGAACCUGCCAGGUCUGUAUUCUGAUAUCAGAGACUUGGCAGCAGUUUGCUUGCUUUGACGAGCGCUUCUUAACCAUCCGUGAUGAGUUACAAUAAUACAUCAUUUUAUUUUAUAAUCCA